GUUCCAUACAGCAACUCCCACAAGAGACUGUCACUUCAACCAGCGCAUGUUGCACUACUAACAGAACUACGACAAUUUAGCUGUGAAUCUCUUCAGUUCUGAGGGAAGUCCUCUUGUUCAUUCAGGACUAGUGUGGACCCAGCAAACACACAACGUUGUCUUAACGUUGUCUCUAAGUUGACUUCGUAAAUGGAGUCUCACAGAAACGGAGCGAGUGGCUCUUCUCCAGACUUCAGUAGAAUACCACAGGGCUACAACAUGCAGCAGCCUGGACCUGGUCCCAGAGGCGGCCCUCGCCCUCAGGGCGACAGCAGCAGCAAGUUCGGGGUGAGGAUACAAGUCCAGGGGAUUGAGGGUCAUCCUUACGUUGUAUUGAACAACGGGGAUAGUAGAGCAGCUCUGCCGUCUGGUGGCCUGGAGAGCUACAGCAGGAACUGGGACCACCAGGAAGAGUCUGACAACACCCACAGCCAGUCUGAUUACACCUCCAUGGUGAAUGAUAGGCGAUCUCCRCUAGGAAGUCCCUAUAUGGAACGAUCUCCACUAGGAAGUCCCUAUAUGGGGCGAUCUCCACUAGGAAGUCCCUAUGUGGAACGAUCUCCWCUAGGAAGUCCCUACAUGGAACGAUCUCCGUUAGGAAGUCCCUAUAUGGAACGAUCUCCACUAGGAAGUCCCUAUAUGGAGCGCAGUAUUCCCAACCACCAGGGGGAGUAUGCUCGUGGAGGUUCUCUGACUGAGGUUAGGGAAUCACAGAGGACGCUGGCGUCCACCGUGUCCAUGUUCGACUUCCAGGAGCCACAGUUACAGCAGUUACAGAGGACCAUGCCGGCAUCUAAUACGGUGUUGAACUUCCAGAGACACCCAGAGCUGCUGAAACCUUACAACCCAGACUGGAACAGCGUUAGCCCCCUCAGCCCCCGCCUCUCCUCCACCCGAAGACUCUCUGUUCCCCCCACUCAGACAACCUCUGUACCUAGGCCGGGACAUCUCACCAGAGGUCUCCAGAGUGGGACAGGGGCCUCCCUGACCCAGGGGCCAGGGUCUAGACUAGGACCAGCCAGGAUCCCUCUGCCUGCUGAGGGUAUAGAGAGAGCCCCCACCCAGACCCAAGGCCCAGGCCCUGCCCUUGUCCCAGACCCCACCCAGACCCAAGGCCCGGGCCCUGCCCUUGUCCCAGCUCCCACCCAGACCCAAGGCCCGGGCCCUUCCCUUGUCCCAGCUCCCACCCAGACCCAAGGCCCGGGCCCUGCCCCUGUCCCAGCUCCCACCCAGACCCAAGGCCCGGGCCCUGCCCUUGUCCCAGCUCCCACCCAGACCCAAGGCCCGGGCCCUGCCUUUGUCUCAGCCCCAGGUCCCCACCACCAUUCUUUUACCACCUUACUAAGUCCCCCAAGCGAGGUUACCAACAUCCCCAGGAGGUCCCCAAAUACAGUGGACACAGAAACCAUCUCCUCCAUAGGUAGCCUUAUCAACCAGUUCGACGGCCCCCAGCAGAUGGRCCGAGCUGGGCCUAGGAGAGGGAGGAUAGCCCCUGAGGACCGGAGGAGGUCACGCAGCRUGGACAGUAGGCGACAGCGAAACUCAGACCCAUCGGACCCCUCCAGCGCUGCCUCGGCCGUCAGAGGGACCAGGGGAGAGACUCCAGGGGGAGCAACCAGCGCUCCCGGAUCACCUAAGGGGAGAGGGGCCAACGGACCCUCCACUCUGAUGUUUAAUAAGCUCCAGUGGGAGAAGGAGGAGGGGCCUAGCGUUGUGUCACCUAAAGCGGUGAAGGUACGGUACAGAGUGGAGAAGACCUCCCUGAGCAGAUCCAGAUCUCUCAACCACACAGAGGAGGAGUCAAAGAGAGAAACUCAGGUCAUCACUCCAGAUCUUUUGAAAGGUCAGAGGGGUCUGCAGCAGGUCUCAACUGAAACACAACGACCAAAUGAAGACACCACUAAACAGAUACUGUUCACUUACCUCAAUGAUGGGACCACUGAUUUAACCUCCACCACUCAGAAGAAGGUGAACCUGGUGUUUGACAGAAUCAACCAACUGAAGUGGAAGACUGCAGAGAAUGUGGAGGAGGAGAUCAGGGAUUAUACUGCAGAGGCCAAGGAGCUACAGCAGAAAGGAGCAGAACUGGAGAGAGAGGUGUCAAAGCUGAAGACACAGUUGGAGCAUAAGACCAAGAAUGGUAGAACCCUAGCGGAGGCAUGUGAGAAGGCUCAGACGGACAUGAAGACUGUUCAGGAGGAACUGGACAGGAGACACGAGGAACUCUCCACGCUACGGGAUAGGCUGGCUGGGAUGGAGGCGGAGCUUGAAGUUGCCAUAGACGAGCUAGUCCAGGUGAAGGCAGAGAGAGAACAUGGCCGUACAGAGAUGAAGGACCUCCAGCUGCAGCUGUCGGAGAUGCAUGAUGAGCUGGACCAGGCUAAGAACACAACACGGGCAGAAAGCACAGAGAAACAGCUCCUUCUGAAGGAUCUGGCCCAACUGCGGUUGGACUUCCAGGAGCUCAUUCAGGUGCAGGAGGAGCAGGAGGAGGUGCUACACUGGAGGGAAAGGGAGCUGACUGCCCUGAAGGGAGCGCUGAAGGAGGAGGUGGAGAGUCAUGACAAGGAGCUGAGCAUUAUGAAGGAGGUGUACGACAAGGAGGCGCAGAAGCUACGAGAGGAGAUGGAGGAGGUGAAAGAGAGUAACACAGUGCUGGGCCAGGAGAAGAGGGAGGUGGAGGAGGAGAGAGGGGAGGCCCGGGGCCAGGUGAAGGAGCGGAUCCAGGAGAGAGAGGAGCUUAGGGGACAGGUAGAGGAGCUGGAGAGCAAGGUGGACCAGCUCAACCUCGACAUCAAGGAGUCCAAAACUCUACAGAGACAGCUGGUGAAAUGCGUAGAGCAACUCAAGCGAGAGAAGCAGCAGGUGGAGGGAACGCUGGCGGAGGUGAGGGAGAAGGAAGACGAGAUCAGCCAGGCAAACAAAGACCAACUAAUAAAGCUGGAGAAUGUACAGAGCGAGAUGACCCAGCUGAACCACCAGCACAGGGAGGUGAAGGAGAGGCUGAAGGAGGAGAGGAGGAGAACAGAGGAGCUGAGGAGGGUGAAGAGUGAUCUGGACGAGGAGAGGAGACUGCAGAACGGCACUGUGGAGAAACUGCAGAGGGAGAUGAGUGCUAAGGUGGAGGAGUGUGAGGCGGCCACUGAGAAGCUCCAGCUGCAGGUUGAUGAAGUCAGAAAGAAGAGCCACACAGAGCUGACUGAGCUCCAACAACAGCUGCAGGAAAAGGGACUGGACCUGGAGAAAUCACAACAGACGACCAGAAAACUGCAGGAAGAGCUGCUUCCCCUGGAGCAGGGUCUAGAGCGGAGUCGUAGGGAGUGGGAGGAGGCCCAGCAGAGAGGCAGGCAGCUGGAGAGGAAGGUGGAGGAGCUGGAGGAGAGGAACGCACAUGCCCACGAGGACCACGCCCGACAGGUCAAACUCAUUGAGGGUCAGAUGGGCCAGCUGGAGCAGGAUCUGCAGGACGAGAGGAACAGUACAGAUCUCCUGAUGAACAGAGUGGAUCAAGGAAAACAACAGAUGGAGCAGAUAAGAGGUGAGCUGCUGCAGGAGAGAGCAGUCAGACAGGACCUGGAGUGUGACAAGAUCACUCUGGAGAGACAGAAUAAGGACCUGAAGAGCAGGGUGUCUCAUCUAGAGGGCUCCCAGAGGUCCAACCAGGAUGUUGUGGUCUCCAGACUGGAGGGGAGGAUCCAGGAGCUGGAGGGGAGGCUGGAGGGAGAGGAGAGAGACAACAUCAACCUGCAACAAGCCAACCGGAAACUAGAGAGAAAAGUGAAGGAGAUGAUGAUUCAAGUGAUGAUCAGCACAAUCUAUGCAGAACCAGAAAGACCAGCUGAACCAGAAGCUGAAGACAGCGAAGAGACAGAUGGAUGGGGCCGAGGAGGAGAUAGAACGUCUGGAGAACUCCAAGAGGAAGUUACAAAGAGAUCUGGACGAACAGAUAGAGACCAACGAUCAGAUCCUCAGCCAGCUCAACGCCCUGCGCUCAGAGAUGAGGCGUAAGCAACAGAAAUCAUCCCCGCUCCUGAUGAUCGAGAAGGAUGAUACUGUCUGUGAGGAUGACAUCAACUCUGACUGAAAGAUGCACUAACUUACUUACUUAUAGUACUCUGGCGCAUUCCCACUGGGAUACAAGGAGCUUUUCAUUCCCACUGGGAUACAAGGAGCUUUUCAUUCCCACUGGGAUACAAGGAGCUCUUCAUUCCCACUGGGAUACAAGGAGCUUUUCAUUCCCACUGGGAUACAAGGAGCUCUUCAUUCCCACUGGGACACAAGGAGCUCUUCAUUCCCACUGGGACACAAGGUCUCAAGGCAGCUCUUCAUUCCACUGGGUCCAAGGAGCUCUCUUCAU